AUGCCGCAUCAAAAAGCCGUAGUGAAAACUACUGACAUGCCGGAUGACAUGCAACAAUUUGUUGUGGAAGUUGCCUUUGCAGCAAUUAAAACAGGCGCUGAUAAUCAGGGCAUUGCUAGCUACGUCCGAGAUGCUGUGCGACGUGAGUAUCCAGGCAACUGGCACUGCAUAGUAGGCACCAAUUUUGGAAGUGAAGUGACUCAUGGGAAGCGCGGAUUGAUAUUCUUCAAGCUUGCUGAGCAUGGUGUCCUGCUUUUCCGGACAGUGUAG